AUUGAAGAWUAUCGAUGAUUUGCCCAUAGAUCCCUARAGAGAUCGCAACGAGUACCGGACGUGCUAUUGCUAUUGCYAUUGCCAUUGCUGUUGCUAUCUUCGGCAUUGUUAUCAUUGUUUCGUAUACAAGCUGCCGCAUUGCGAGGGUUGUUAAAGCCARAUGGCAUUUUCCGACGACGACGAGCGAAAAGGYAAUCCCGGACUCAAYAGUGCAUUUUCUUUGAAUCUAUCUAAGUACAACAACAAAAGCAACAACAAGAAUGCCCGGCCGACCCAGAACGGAUCGAAAAAGCGAUCCCGAAACGGUCCACUUUCCAGCCUUUCGGCAAACACUCGGUUGAAACGACGGGUGCGGCGGGUGCCCAGAAUCCCAAUCCCAUCYUUCAAAAUGACACCGAGCAGUCAAAGCACAGCUGGGAAUGAUCCUUUAGACAAAACGGCGACCAUUAUGGAUAAACUGAGUCGAUUGGAACGCGCAUUUUUUGACGAGGACGAGGACGAGGACGAAAUCGGCAGCAACAGCGACAGGGACGAAACAAAAAAUGAGGGUGGCAACGAACACAAGAAAAAGCUAUUCAAAACAAAASCCGUCAAGAAGAACAGCAGSAYCCACAAAAACAAUCAAAAGAAGUUAUCGAUGGUAGYGGAACAAUGCGGUUCAAAUACAGACGAAACCGAAUCCGAGAACAGCGAUUUCGAAGAAGAAUUGAUCCAUUCGAAGCCAGAUCCGCAGCRAACCACCCUAAACAUCUCCCAARGAAACAGAUCGCAAGAAKCACAARCUAAAGAAGCAGCAGAAAAAACUACGACAACUGAGGGCACUAUCAGAGCCCUAACAACGSGAAGCGUCGAUGAGAAGGAGAAAUCCAAUGAUUUGGCAUCCUUGCCAUCGUCAACGAGAACUAAGGAAGCAGMARAAACAACUACUAYAWUUGUGGGCAACAUCAGAGUUCCGGAAGUAGGAAGUGUUUACGAAAAGGAGGAAUCCAAUGAUAACCUGCUUUCGUUGUCAUCGUCGUUGGCUGGCAGUGAAAACCGCGAACGGAGAGUUUUGGGGAGCAAAAAGUGUCAGCCGGGCAGUGAACCACAAGCAGAAGAUCACGACGGUUCGAAUGAUUUCGAUUUUGGGGACGGCGGUUGCGAUAUUGACGRCAUCCCGCGUGAUAACGAUUAUUCAGAAGAACCUUGCAUGUAUGCUCCUGGCAACGAGAACGGCGAAUCGGCAUCGCCUUCAAAGCCAACAACUUGCCGGCCGCAACAAGCGCUGGCMCGACGGAAAGCAAUAUUGCUGGAGCGUGAAAUCGAUCGACUCUUUCUCCGGACCGACACCAAUACGAUCACCAUGAAAAUAUUUUGCAAAACACUCGGGCAGCGGAUGGACGAGCCACUGGACAAGGCGACCAAGAAAAAAGUCAAGGCGCGGGUCCUGUCUCUUCUCAAGGGCGAAAUCAUGGCGUUGGAACAUGACGAAACCACAAGCAAGGAMCACCACGAUAGCACGACAGCCGAAAAUACCGCCGAGGGGAAAGCGAACGAAGUAGAUUCGAAUGUCGAUGCAGCAAACGAUGAUGACAGAAAAUCAAACGCGGGACAGGGAGUUAACGAUACAUUAACGAUUGGUGAAUCCUCAAUGACGGACACACAUGCUGCUGUGGAAAGRGAAGCCAUUGUGGGGAGGUUUUGUGAUGAACGAUUGAAUGCCAUAGAAAACAAUGAAACACUUCAGAAGGAAAACGAGCAAGACAAKGCGWCGAGGACUAAUCUGCUUCCUUCGAUGGACGCUCAGCUUGUUGCGGAAGCGAAAGGCGAGGUCAUAGUUGUGAACGAGGAAUCUUUCUCUUCCGACACGCUGCAAAACAAAGCAGAAAGGGGAAARGGGGCAAGCGAAUGGAAACAAGUCGCUGCCUGCUUGGAUGUGCCCCAUGUUGUGGCAACAGAAGUCCAGUCCGUCGUGGAAACGAGAGGCGAGGUGACAAUGGAAAYUAGCAGCAACGGCAAGCGUUCCUCUGAACUCUUACCAGAGSAACCGAAGGAAACACCGGGGCAUACAUCGAAACAGCAUGCUGCUCGAAAUCACGAGAACGCAGGAGUUCAAAUACCAAACGAUAAUGCAACGAUUCCGACUGCACCAAGUCCAAAGAAAGCUAAACCAGCAUCAAAGAAAAAGAAGCCAAGUGCUGCGACUACCAAACAAAGGAGAUCGAAAUCGAAGACCAAACCAAAUGAUAAUAGCAAUGAAAUCAGCACAAACAAUGACAUGCCCGCAAACGGAGGAACGACUGGUGCUAACGCAGUAAAACAGAUCCGGCCUCGCAAAAGAACCCGUAAGACACAAGCCUGUGCUCUUUGCAAAACCUGCCCAUGCCAAAGAACAAACACCAGUACCAACGAUCACUGCAACCUUGCAACCCUAGAAAUCAAAGACUUUUCUCGGUCCGACGGGGCCAUCGAAAAGACCUUGGCACGCAGGCUUCAAAAGCUUGAGCAGUCGACCGAACGCCUCGAGGAACAAACGGAAUUUGUCCGACGAAGGCUCAAAAAACACCGCCGGGAAGCCUGGAAGCGAACUAAACCGCGAAGAGGUGCYGACGCAAACAAUGAGAGGGGAAAAGGUGGGAAGGUAAUGGGAAUUGGAACGGACGAUUCCUAUUUCCUGCCAGACGCCGAGGUCUUCGAACAACAGCAAACCGAAAGCAAGGGGUUAUCGAGAAACGUCGUGGAAAAGGCCCAGACGAGGGUCUUUCCAAGCGUCCCGAGUAAGCGUACACAAUCAUUAGAAAAAAGCAGCAUCAGCAGCUAUACUCGUUUACUAUAUUGCAAUAUCAAGAAUGAAAAAAGAAUCUAACUCCACGGGUUGACUCUUCUUGCUUUUCGUGCAUUUUGAUGCAUCUUAUUCUGCACAAUUGCCUUUUUUCUUUUCAUUUCAAGCAUACCAACCCACCUUAUUUGAAGUGAUGGGURUUUCAAGGGACAAAGAAAAAACAAAACAAAAUAAUGAUGUUAAUGUCAUCGAUGACAAAGAGAAURAUUCCAAGGAAAACAUUGAAAUUUCAACAAACGAAACAAGCUUUCUCUGUCUUGAGGAAAAUAAUUCUAAUGAAGAGGUGCCAACCGAGUACGUACCUGAGCGAGAUUGCAGUAACAGAAUUCACAGGUUGGAGUGGGACAAUGGGGCUAGUAACGAUGAAAAUGAAGGCAUGGGGGCGACACCUGGUUCUAUCUUUGACACGAUCCUUGUUAUGACACAGGACCAGCGAUGUGAAACAAACAAUAAAAAAAGGAUGGAAGACAACUCGCGAUCCAUACCGCUUUGGGAUGAUCUUUUCGAGUCGUCACAUAACAGAGAUCUUGAAACGGUAGCAAACGACGAUGCUGGAUUGGACGACUUGCUUGGCCUUUUCCGGGACGAAGAAACAUAUGCCGCAAAAGAUAUUUYACGUAAUGUCGUAAGCAGCGCCGAGGGGGAAAGCCGUGCCAAUCCAUCAUUACUAUCCCAGGGUGCACAGGCGGUCGCGGAAGAGGUUCUUUCCACUUAUUCGUCGCAAGAGAAAAAAAGKAUAGAGAUGCUGGAACUUUCGUGUCCAAACUGGAAAGAGAACGUUUAUUUCGCACUAAUGCAAAAAAGUUCUGAGGAUAUUCUAGACGCCUUGAAGAACGUACGAGAGUCAAGRRUGCGCAUGCAAGCGCAGAGAAAACGAAUCUUGGAUGCCUGGGAAUCCAAGAACGCUGCRCUACAAUUAUUUGAAACCGCCUUGAAACGAUCCGCAGCCCGAUUGAAGCAGGACGACAAGUCUUCGACGGUAGCAUCACACGACGAAAGUAGGCACACUGUCGCURAUUUGAGUCAGUCUGAUUGUGAAGCCCCUAUGGACAAUAAUAGUUGUCCAGCACUAUCAAAAGGAGGCGAUUAUUGAUUAACUAAUUUAGUCAAUGGGACAGGUUUAGAAUAAGAUGAUUACAAUAUA